AUGGCUUCGGUAGAAGUAGACAUUUCCAACUCAGAGCAAGACUUUACAAGUUCAGAGCUUCAGUCUGUCUCCACUACCUCUAGCACGACAGAUGUAGCAUCUCUACUUAGAAGCACUACUUUACAUUCUGCUGCCACUCAGCUCUUGAUUUCAGAUCAAGACUACAUCACGCUGGCUGUUAUCUACUCUGUACUUUGCUCUCUCAUCACUUUUUCUGGCUGUUUUGGUAACGCCGUCACCAUAGUGACCUAUUUCUCCAUGAAGUUGAAAGAUGGCGUCAUGAUCUCGUUCUUGUGUUUGGCCAUCUCAGACCUUCUCUACGGCGUCACCAUUCUCGCUCAUCUCGUCUCGGUCGGACUUAGCGUGCUUGAGCUAAGGAGCUCUUUCAGCGUCUGGUUUCCGAUUGACCCUUUCGGCAUUUACGUCUUUUUCUCUGACAUCGGAGUUUUAAUUUAUUUAAUAACUGUCUUAGCUACAACCUUCAUAGCUAUCAUCCGGUGCUUGUGUGUGGCCAAGCCUCUCCAGUUCCAAAAUAUUCUAACCAAGAGGAGGUCCAUUGUCUGCGCGGUAGCUUUCAGCAUCGUGGCCGUAGCCAGCUACCUCCCGAUCCUCGUUCACAUGAAGAUGGAACGAUCAUUCGACGCCAACAUCAACGCCACCAGAUACAGACUUCGGAUAUCUCCGCAGCGGGAAGUAAUCAAAACGGCGAUCUGGAUUCCGAGGGAUGUCCUCGUUACUCUCACCACGGAAAUCAUCGUCAUCGUCUGCGUCGUCAUCAUGAUGAAAACCUUGAGAUCAGCUGCAAAAUUUCGUAACAGUGCUGCGAAGUAUUCCGUUCAACCUUUGACCCAAGUAGGCGGAGUUCAGGGUCAACCUACAAUAGGUCAGGUGAAAAGUGAUCUAAAAAAUAACACCAAACAUGUUGACGCUCAGUCUAAUAAACUAACCUCCAAAGACUUUUCAGUCGUCCGCCAGGUGGUGCUUAUCUCCAUCGUCUAUAUCGUUUGCAACAUGCCAAAGGUUUUUAUUAACGUUGCCGUCUUAUUCGUGCCGGAUUUGGCUCUUGGGAAGCCCUAUCAAAAUGUUUAUUUUACUAUCAUUGGUAUCAUGGAGCUCUUCCAAGCUUUUAAUUCCAGUUUCAAUAUUUUCAUUUACUUUAAAUACAACUCCAAGUUUAGAAAACAUUUGUGUUUAAGCAAGAUCAAAACUUAA